AUGUACAAAAGAGUUACUUGCUGUAAGAUUUCUAUUUUUUCACGCCAUUAUGCUCAAUUUAAUCCUCGAAACGCGGAUAGGGUAAGUAAACUCUGCAAUUUUUUUCUAUUAUUUAGUUCGGACUCUUGGUAAAGCGGAUUCCUCAUGUUGAGAGAAUGAAAUCUGUGGACAGAAACAAAAAAAACGGGAAAAUUAUUGAAGAUACGGCUAGUUUUCUAGGUUUUAAGGAUAAGGAUCAUAUCGCAGACAUAAGUACACCUAUUUCUAAAAAAUUCCAAUCUAAAAUGGACAAGGAGAAGAGUCGUUCCGAGUUUUAUCGUAUGCAAGGUGGAGAUUUUUUUGGGCGGAAAGUAGUCCUAGAAUGUUCAAAGCCAGAGUUUAACCAUUACGAAGGGAUGAGAUAUCAUCGAGGAAGGGAUACAAUCCCUUUGUUUAGUCAACAUUGGGCUAACUGUAAGCAUAACAAUGAUUGGUUCAAGGUGUAUCGGACUGAAAAAGUAAGAUGAUACGAAGUUGAAAAUUAUUUAUAGUUUAAUUCUUCAUUAAUUAGUUAUGGCGACCGAACUUGGUCAAGGUUUAUAUCGUUGAUCCACCCGAAAGUAUUUCGUCCUCUCGUGAGACUAUUCAAAGCUCCCACUAAAGUUCAAGUAAGUUUUUUUUCUGCAGGUUGACCUUUUUAGUACGAAUUUCUCCGUGAAUUUCCUUUGUCGGAUCACUUGUUCCUCGCCGGGGAAACCGGAUCGGGGAAAACUUAUGCGUAUGCCCUAAUAUUGAUUUCCAGGAUCAUGCAAUCCAAGGAAAACGGGAUUAAAGAGAAAGGUAAGCAGCGUUUAUUGCUAUAUUUUUAUUUUUUAGCCAUUAUUAUUGUUCCAUCUCUUCUAUUGAGAGAUCAGACCUUAGAAAAAUUAAAUGAAUUGAAUUCGGAGCUUGGCCUCAAAAUAAAGGCAUCAAAAAAAGAAGAGUUUAUCCGCGAUCCGAAUGACUUUGAUAUCUUAAUCGCUACCCCUGGAGGUGCGGUGAGAACAUUAAAAGGGCUUGAUGAAGAUGUCCAGAUACCCUAUGUGGUCAUGGAUGAGGCCGACAAUCUUCUGGAUGAGAGUUUUGUUUCCGAGAUCACAGAAUUCCUGCAUCGGGUGCCGAUAAAAUAUUCCCAUAUGAAUCCCAAUAAAAAAGGUAAUGUUUGAUCAACGUGUACCAACAAGUGUAAUAUUUCAGAAGGAGCUAGAUUAAUAUUUACUUCGGCAACGUGUCCAGACGAUCUCCAAGAUCUCGCCGAGGGUAUUGUUGAUGCCCCUAGAAUUCGGUAUCUUCUGAGUCCAAAUCUCCACAGAAUCCCGCCAAAUAUUACUCAAACAUUUAUUCGGGUCAGAGAAAUGGACAAAAUAAAAAAAUUGGUGGAAUUACUGCGAAAAGAGCCCGAAAAUGCGAAGAGUUUGAUCUUUUGCAAGGUAAGACGACAUUGGAAGUAUGAAUUAUUUGAAUUUAGAACAAUGAUACAGUGAAAUGGGUAUCAGGGGAACUUUUGAAAAAUGGGUUUGAGAAUUUGAAAUUGACCUCGGGGGAAGAGAAUGUCAUGGAGAAGAUCCCCGCAUUCAAAUUCUUUGUCGCCACGGAUUUGGCUAGCCGGUACGUUUGUGAUCUUUAGAAUCUUAAGUAAAAAAUUCAUUUUUAUCAACGAAAAUUAUAUAAGUUUAGAGGUCUGGAUAUGCGCGGCCUCAGUCAUGUCAUCAAUUACAAUUUUCCCAAACAUCUUGUAGAUUAUUUACAUCGAAUAGGGAGAGUUGGACGAUGUAAUAGCUCGAGGUUAAGUCAGAAGGUGACUUCUUUCGUCCGCGAGGCCCAUGAAGUAAACCACGUAAACAGAAUCGAGGUGAGUCACAAGAAUUUAAAGAUAAGUUUAUUGGGUGUGGGGUGAUCGUAAAUUCUAAAGUAUUCCGAGGUGGUCAUUUCCUAGGAUUCCGCGGAAUGCAAGAAUCCCGAUCAGAUAAAGUACAAGGUAUAAUAUAAAGUAAUAAGAACAUUUUUAAUGACAUAACUUUCAGAUGACCUUAAGACUCAAUCGGGUACUCAGCGGGAUUGAGACGGAUGUUGCCGGUCAGCUAAUGGACAGGAAAUAA